AGGCUGUAUACAGAUUUUAUGGUGUGAAUCCAGCCUAUGGUCUCUAUUGCUCUCUCUUCUUACAUACCAUCUUCAAAAUCUCUCACGAGGUGUGCGGUCUAUAUGUAUGUGUGCCUAUGGUUUCUCUUCCGUCUCUCUUAUUUAUAUUUAUAGUCGUAACUUAAAACGAGAAGAAAGGUAUUAGGUACAUACAUACAACGAAUUGGUAAAAGUUAACGUUUUUAACCUGAAUGACAUUAUAAUAACCAAGUACUCCAAUCACUCCAAGCAGUACCGGUUAAGCAUUGACUGAUAACCACGUUGUUCACUGUAUACGGUACGCAUUUAAGAUCGUUGGAGACGUUACAUUUCGCGCUUGUUUAAUCAGUUCACAAUAGCCGGAGCAUCAAUGUACAUACAGCCUUUAGGGAACGUCAAAAUGAACUAGUUAAACGCCAGUUCUUCGAAAAGGAAUGAUAUGUAACGAGAAUUGUUUCCGACCGUAUACAGAAUAUUGUCAAAUAAAAGUUGCUUAGUUAAAGAAAAUCGAUUUAAAAUAGUGGGAAAUAUUGAUCUCACGCGUCUUGAUUAUGCGAUUAUAGUUGCUCUUUAUGGUUUCCUAACUUUGACAAUAAAAUGCUGAAUCAACAACAUCCUCUAUUGAACACCAUCGACUCUUAUAUAGAGCCGCUUUUGAAGCGCGUCUUACAAACCAAGAGAUUAGGCGUCUACUAUGGUCCGAUAAAAUUGGACUCUGUGUCGUCGAGCUGCGACAGGAACAAAAAUGACUGUUUCAAGCUGUCAAUUCCGUACGCUGGGGAGCACCUCGUAUGGAAUAUAUUGUUUGAUUCACAAUGUCCAGAAUUGGGUCCAGACUUCUUAUUCAACGAUCAGAACUUUUUAAUGGACCCAGACAUUGAUAUCAUAUCCACUCGGGUGCCUAGUCUUGUUAAGUGGAAUGCUAAUGAUACGGACGCACUGCUCAAUGUACUAAAUGAAUUAUUAUGGUGUUACAAGGAAUACCAGAUACAGUUGCUUGGAAAACAGGGAGAUCGAUUGCAGCUCGAGUACAGCACACUUGUUGGUGAAACAGAAAUAUGUAAAGAAGAUAUCGAAGUGAUGAUGUUACCAUUAGGAUCGAAGCCUAUAGAAGCGAGAUUUUUAAUUCGCAUAUCUGUGGAUUAUUCUCGAUUGCCUCCGCGUGUCAAUAAGUCGCAGAACGACGAGGCGAUGCUUCUCGUCACGUUUUACGGCCCGGAUUGGAAUCGUAUUAUGCCGCAACUUUAUUUAUCCAAGAAUCUGGAGGACGUUUUCGGCGGUCCGGAAUCCUUGCGUAUUCCACCGUUGCCGCCCAACAAAUAUCUGAUGGAUUACGUUCCCGAAGUGAUGAAAUUCAUGGAAGAUAAGAUAAACAGCGUGGCUCAAUGUUUCGAGAACAGAAAGGAAUUUAUCUCGGUUCUAAUCGUGCUACAACGCGGCAGCAUACUAGAGUACGACGCUAAUGAGUUUCAUUGGAUCAUCAUUAUGUUGGAACACCGAGACUUCCAUUUUAUCAUACACUUUAAUCUUCCAUCAACAUUUCCUAGAGAGAAACCGCAAAUUGCACUGCAAUCGGUGUAUCACAUGACAUCGCAGGGUACUUUAUACAGAGAGGUAUUGGACGAUGUACCGUACAGUCCUAGAUGGCCAAUAAUGCUAAUGGUUGACAAAUUGUUGACGUACAUAAUAGAAACUGCCGUUCAAAAGUUUCAGGCGAACUCCAUCAGAAAUAAUCGUUUCCAAUAAUUUAUUCUUAAAAAAUAUAUUUUAUUACAAAAGAAUGUAUAUUUAAUAGUUGCAUAUGAAAUAAAAACUAUUUAGUUGCAAA